UUCUAGCCCUCUCUCUAUUGGUGGUAAUGAGCUUGUGCCACCAGCCGAUUGGUAAAAUGGACGUUUUCAAAAUAGAUCAAUCGCUGAGUGGUAACCUGGGUCGCGCUCCCUCUCCCGAAAAGAUAAACCCUCCGCAAAUUACUUUCGAAGCCGGUUCUGAGUUCAAUUUAUGUUUUUUUGACACUCCUGAAGACACGCAGGGAUUUAGUGACCCUAGUUCAGUGGGUUCAACGACUGAAGGUUCUCCCCCGCCCCAACAAUUAACAUCUUUACAUAUACCUCUUAAAGUUACGCCAGUGCAAAGUCCGGUGCUGAUCACUUCCCCAGGAGGAACUACAUCUACUAUAGCAAUCAAACAAGAACAACAUUACGUCGCUGCCGAUUCUAACAGUUCCUCUACCACCAAAUCUUUCGUUCCUUGUAAAGUAUGUGGAGACAAAGCAUCUGGUUACCAUUACGGAGUAACCUCUUGUGAAGGAUGUAAGGGAUUCUUCAGAAGAAGUAUUCAGAAGCAAAUAGAAUAUCGAUGCCUCCGAGACGGCAAGUGCCUAGUAAUACGUUUAAACAGAAAUAGAUGCCAGUAUUGCCGAUUCAAAAAAUGUUUAUCCGUUGGGAUGUCUAGAGACUCUGUUCGAUACGGUAGGGUGCCAAAGCGGUCGAGGGAAAGAAGUACUGAGGAACCUUCAAGAGUAACGACCUCAGACAUUGAUCAACCUGAUGCAGAAACUAAGCAACUAGCUAUAUACGAUAUCAUCCUUAGUGUAUCACAAGCACAUCAUGCGAAUUGCGGAUAUACGGAAGAACAAACGCGCAAUCUAUCGAGAAAACCAAUUAUUCUUCCUCCCGCGAGCCCAGAGUCGGAUACAGAGGUAGCUUCAUCAACAGCAGAGUCAUUAGAAAUGGAGAGAUGUUGGUUGUGGCAACAAUUUGCCUCGAAUAUUACGCCGAGCGUUCAAAGGGUGGUAGAGUUCGCGAAACGAGUUCCCGGAUUUUGUGCUUUAGGCCAAGACGAUCAAUUGAUACUCAUAAAAAUAGGAUUCUUUGAAAUUUGGUUGAGCCACGUUGCAAGGCUAACUUCGAAUACUUCGAUGAUGUUCGACGACGGGACGACGGUUAGUCGUCAACAAUUAGAAACUAUGUAUGAUAGCGAUUUUACCACAUCCCUAAUCCAUUUCGCUACCAGCUUCAACGCUCUUGCCCUUAACGACACAGAGGUUGGGUUGUUUUCUGCCGUGGUUUUAUUAACGGCGGAUCGACCUGGUGUAACCGAUGUAAAAACGAUCGAACAUCAUCAAGAUAAGUUGAUAGAAGCUUUGAAAGUACAGGUGGGACGUAACCACGCAAGCGAACCACAAAUUUUCUCAAAUUUAUUGAUAAAACUCCCGGAAUUAAGAAAUUUGGGGGCCAAGCAUACUACUCACCUGGACUGGUUCCGAUUGAACUGGACCAAACUCACACUACCUCCCUUAUUUGCAGAAAUUUUUGACAUUCCUAAAACAGAAGACGAUCUCCAGUGAUGCCACAAGUUAUGAAACAAAAUGACGUAUGAUUCCGGAAUUAAUCGACAUAACUUAAUGUAUACGCCGUGAAUCUUGCUGUUUUAUGCCUCGACUUGCUCAAAAUGUGCUACAAGGCUGAAUAUUGACGUAUGGAAGUUAAAUUUUUGUAAUUCUCUUUAAUAAGAUCAUAUAAUUAUUUUUAAAGGAAGCAUAUCAUUUGGAAAACUUAGCAAAAAUAUUCAAAUUAAAAAAAAAUUAUAUGACUUUAGUAUAAAGAGAGUUAUCAACUAUUAUCGACAGGGUCAAGCUUUUCGUUUCACUUAGUGAUUAGAUUUAUAUAGUUUUUAAUUGAGAUUUUUUAAGAUGUUAUACAUAUCAUUAUAAAUGAAAUAUGUAUUUAAACGUAUCUAUGUACAUAGUAUUCUGUUUUAAUUUUAUAAAUUUUGGUGUGGAGGACUAUCGGUAAUGUAUAACUAAUAUAUAAUUUAAUCACUUUAGAUUCAUAAAAAAUACAAUAAUUGAAACAUAAACAAAUUAGGAAUGAAAUAAGAAUAACAAUUAACUUUAAAUAGUCCAAAUAUCAAUAGGUUAUAUGAGAAACUUUCUCAAUAAUAAUAUACAUCCAUUAUUUAAUUGAACAGAUAAUGAGGUUGAACAUAUCAAUUAUUUAGUUUUCUUUUGUUACCAACACUUAUAAAAAAACGGAUAUUCUAAUAAAAACGGUUCAUUUCUCAACUUUUCAAUUAAUUAUUCUCUAAAUAAGUAUGAAAAGAAUUUUAUGUCAGUCUGCUGUUAUUACAAAUUUAAGCGAUAGAUAUCAAAAAAAGUCAAAGAGAGGUUGCAACUUGUUAUUAUUGCCUAACUUCUUAAGAAAAAAAGUAUCUUAAAUUUAGGAAAAACAAUUGGAUUAAGAAUACAAAAAAAAUAAUUUUACAAUCUAAUCGAAAAAUUAGUACUAGAGGAUAAGGAUUAUUACCAGAAUAAAACUUGAAACCAAAGAAAUAGUAUAUUCGAACAAAGUCUACAAACAACAGAGAGUUUCUAAAUUAAUGCGACAAAAUUCAGUAGGUGAUUGCUCGGUGAAAUUAACCUACAACAAAAUUGAGUUUCUAUUUUUUUUUUCUAAGGUUUCAGUUAUACUAAAAACUUUUAACUCUGUAAUUUUCGUGCACUCGUAAAAGACUAACUACGGAUAUUUUUUCAAUAUUUCUGUUACAUUAUAUGGGGAUGGAAUUAGUAACUAUUACUUGUAAGCAUCAGUUGUAUUAUUGUUAAUUUUUUUCCCAAAUCCAACAGCUGCAAAGUAAAAAAGCAACAUUAUAAUUUAUAAUUUUUUCAAUAGAUUUUUUAUCAAGACCGCAAUAUGUUAAAUUUUUUUCUGUCUUAUAUAUAUUAUAAUUAUAGCAGAAAUUCAUUUCAAAUUAGAAGAGAUCUAAAAUCAAGAACAUUUAGAAACAAACAUAUUAAAAGGUGAAAGAAAGAAAGAAACGGGGUGAGGCAUUGGGAAUUAGCCCCUAAAAUAUAUAGUUUACCAAAGCUGCACAAGCCUACCCCAUUAUCUAAUUAUUUGAAAAAUAUUUACACCAAAACAAAAUAUUUUAUAUCAGCACAAUAGUAUAUCAAAAACACAUGGGAGACUUCAAAGAAAAAAUUAAAAGUAUGAAAAAUCAUAACGAAUAUAUAUUUAUUUAGUUGGAUGUAGUUCCUUUAUAUACAAAUAUUUCUAUUUCCAUUGUGAGAAAUUAAAGAAUAUAUAAAAAUGCCUCGAAACGAAUUUAUUAAAGCUAUAAAACCAUUACAACAACAUAUUACAAGUGUUAUAGCUCAAUUAGUAAUGGAAGAUCUCGAGGAAACUGUCCUAAGCAAACUUGAUAUAAACAUUCCAUUCUUUUUCUGAUAUGUAUAAGCGUUACUGCCGUACCAAAGAAUUUAAAUUGGAAACAUGAAUAAAAAAUCCAAUUCUAAUCAUAUAAAACUUCAAUCAACAAUCGAAAUCGAACAAAUCAAAUCGAAAUCAAAUUUCUUGAUGCCACAUUAAAUAAAAUUAACAAUAACAAGAACAGAAUGGUAUACGAAACCAACUUGAUUCUCAAGAUAUUUGAACUUCACUUCAUUUCUUCCUAUGUCACAAAAAAAAUAAGUGAUAGUAAGUUUUGCUGUUAUCCUGCUGCUAUCCAACUAUCAGGAUCCUGAAUUUAGAUGAUUAGCUAUUCAAAAAACAGAAACAGCAUUGAAAGAAAAUAAUUAUCCGAAAAAAAUGAUGAACAACAUAUUCAAAUAAAAGAAUAAACAGAUACUACAAUCAAUUAAAAAGUAAAACAGAAAAGAAAACAUCGGAACAAAACACUUCUCCUUACCAUAUGUACAAGGAUUUUCCCAACAAUUUUCAAAUUAUUUCAAUAAAUAAUAUUUUAUUAUUUAUUAAUAAUUUAUUAGUAUAAGUCAUGAAGAACAUAAUACAUUAUCCAAAUAUUUCACUUACUAAAAUAUAAAACACCAAAAAAACAAAAGAAAUAAUAUUAUAUACCAAGUGCCUUGUACUAAUUGUGACGCUGUCUACAUAGGGCAGACAUCUCAAUAUUUAGAAAAUAGACUAAGAGGUCAUCAAUACGAUAAAAAAAAAGAAAUAGUUCUCAUUCAUAGGAACGAAAAAGCUAUAAAUGAUAAAAAAGAUCUAAAUAAUUUAAGUAAAAUUUAUAGUUCUAUUUUGUAAAUUCUAAUAAAUUUAAUUGAUUACCGCUAUAUAUUUGAGAUGAGGAAACCAAAGGAAAAAUUAAUUUUUCUUAUUGGAGUUGGAGUUCUAAGUUGAUUUUAUCCUUAUUUUGAUAUUCAUGAUGAAGGAGAUCUAUAGAUCAAUAUAAAUAAGUAAAUUUUCAGUGGCAAUAUCAUAUUUUGAUAAAUUAUUUUAAAUCUAAAUUCUAGUUUAAUUGAAAACUGAUUUUAAAAAAAACUGUUGACAUCAUUCCGAACUUGUCCAAUAUUUAUCUCUAAUUGUAAGCAGCAUAGCAUCAAUCAUUGAUCCGGCAAUAUUGUAGUUCUGUAGAUACUGGUGAAAAGAUCUAUCUGUUAUUUCUGUUUGCCAAAAUCCAGACAAUCAAAUGUUGGUCUUAUAACAACUGUUCACUUAUUCUUAUAAUCGAAUCUUCUAGAAAGAAUUCAAUAUGAGGGCAAAAUUUUAGAUGUUGUGAAAUACCAGAUACACCUAAAUAAUAAAUAUUCACUAUUAAAAAAAAACGAUAUGACAUUAAAGUCAAAAAUUUCUAUAUAAUGGAAUAUCAAUUCUUAAAAAUUCACCUAAUUGCUUUUAGCUCAGAUAUUAUUGUAUUUUUUAUUUAAACAAAGACUUGAUAUUAUUAGGGUAAAAUAUGUUUAAUAUGUUUUUACAAUGAUUUAGUUAUUGAUAAGUGAGUACAAUGGAUCUAAUGUGAUUUUGAAAAUAAUAGUUAUAUUGUUAUCGUUUUCGGGUAUUAAAAUAUUAUUAUAGUCAUGUAAUGUUGAUAAAUAAUGUCGAUAUUGGUGGUAUGAAAUCUAUUAAGCUUAACUACUUAAUGUGAAAAGAAUCAUAUCGCAGUAUAUAAUAUAUUACACCGAUUCCCAGAAACCUAUAUCAAUUUUCAAAUUAAAAGUUUAUAAAUUCUAGUAUAGAUCAAUAAGAUUCAGUAUUGAUUCAACUUUCUCAGUGAAGGGCAGUAGCGACACUUCUCGAGCAGUUUCCAGCCCAAAAAAGUAACUCUAAAAAUAGCUUAUUAGUUUUUCAAACUUUCUACUUAUCAUGCUGGCAAAAGGUUAGAUUUAUUAUUGUACUUUUAUUAUUAUAUUUUAUUCUAUUAUUAUCCCCCUAGUUUCUCCGAUAAUGCCUGCAACAAAUAAGCGAUAAUAAAUUAUUUUAACACUUGAGGCCCAGACAGACGCGUUCGUUUUAUCUCGAUGCGACUGCCUUUUAAUAGUUUAUGCCGUAUACAUGCAAAAACUGAUAUGUACUUAUAUACAAAGUUUAUACAGCAUAUUAUGUCGAGAAGAGGAGUAAUUUGUAAUUUACAAAGCCGUUUGACAACAAUUAUGAUCAAAUAUAGAAUUAAAAUAGCUUUCCCAAGAUAACGUUUCAUCUACUUCUAUUAUUAUUUGUGAAGUUUUCUCGGACAAUUAUUUCAUUACACGAUAUACUGAAACAGUAUUGAACACAUUUUAUCAUCUCAUUGUUUCAAAAAAAAAUUUGCAGCUUCUUUAUUUUGUGUGCAGUCAUUAAAUUAGAAAAGUCAAACAUCAAAUGAGCCGGUACCAUACGAUGUUUUCGCCAAAGUUCACCUUAGAUCCUGAAGAUUGGACGAAGGCUGGAACAUUAUCUAAAGAAAUCAAAAAGUAGUAAAAAAGUGAUAAACAGCAUACAACAGAUAUAUUUUUUUAAAAUAAACUGGAUGAUUCAACAAGUAUUGGCUCCGACUUAGUUUUAAUGUUGAGUACUCCUUUGACGAGGGUUAACGAAACCAACUUUCCAUGGCCAACUUUCCAAUGCCAACGCUGGAAGCAGAACAUUCGUCGAAUGGCACUACGACCAUAUUUUGCGUCCAAUCGUAUCAGCAUUCAACGUUGGAAGCAUUGGACGCAUAGUGUGAUGCCGGCUUGUGUUUUGGUUGAAAUCUUAAUAGUAUAAAGUAUCGGAAAGAAAUCUAUUAUUUAGCUGAUCGUUUUGAAGUGGUACAAGAGCCAUCAAAAUAAUUUCAGGGGGCUACAAAAAUCUAAGAUGAAACAAAUGUUAAAUAUAAUAAUAUUUAUGAGAAACUUUUAUCAAAAAUCACAAUUUAUAAAGGUUUAAAGGUGCACUAGAAAGAAAAAAAUAGGGACAGAAUAGGAUUCGUGGUAGAUAAGGUACGUAUGAGGUCAGAAGUUGAUGAUAACAGAAAUUUAAAAUUUACUCAAAUUUUAUACGAAUUUUAUUUUUUUCAGAAUGGUAUAUGUUGUAUUGUAUUCUCUCAUAAAACACCCACACUUUUGUUAUUGUAAUAAUCAAAUAUAAUAUAUAAUAUAAUUAAUAUAAUUAUUCUAAUUUUAAUCUAUUAUUACCAGUUUCUGCCUUCAUACGUACUAGCCUUGUCAACCACAACCCCUAUUCUGUCCUUAUUAUUUCUUUUUAUUGCACUUUUAAACCUUAAUAAAGUGCUGAUUUUAAAAAAGUUUAUUAUAAUAUAUAAUUUUUUACGUUUCACUCUUGUUAUUUUAUCAGUAAAAUUUUGUAAUCAAUAUUUUAUAUACGUCCUACGUUCUAUUGAUUGUUUACUUCUAAAAUCAAAUUACGAAAAGAUGGAACCUAUUUCCUCUCAAUGGACCUCACAUUUUAUAUUGCUAUCCGAGAGCACUAUAUCAGUUUUGUCACGUGUUGUACUUCAGUUGUCUGAAAACUCUUAAACAAUUGAUACUUUAUAAUUGGUCAAGAUCUUGCAACUUUACACUAGGAUUCUAAGUCUUUGCGUCUGAACUUAAACUUCGAUCAUGCACGGUUUCUUUUCCGUUAGCUUCAAGUCAUUUAUAUCAAAAACAAUCAUUGAAAAUUUAUAGACGAAAUUUGUAUUUUAGUUGCUGAUUUUAAUAGCACCAUCUAUUGCAAUCUAUAUAGAAAUUUUUAUUUGUUGCUAGCGCAGUCUAUUGGUGAACUUAUUAAUAACCACUUAUUUGCCAAUUAAUUCGUUUUUUUUUUAUUAAUUCAUUUAUUGUCAUCGGGAGCAAGUAAGCGUGCAAAAUUUCAAAAUGAUUGGUUCUCGGGAAGUUAGUUAAAUGUUGAUUACAAAAUAUGUAGUAUACAAACAAACAGUGUGAUUUGAAUUAAAUGUGGUAAAAAGAUGAGCAUUCUAGGAAGUUUUGAUAAUAUGAAUUGUGUUUUCAUGUGACGGAAUUAGAAAUUGCUUGAGAGUGAACAAUUUAGUGAUGUUUUACUCAAUUAAUCUAAUGUUUUACUUGAACGUAUGUAUGUCAAAGUUUAUUCUUUUUAGAGUACAAAUAUAAUUCUUAUAGAAUUAACUAUUUUUUCAAUCUUUCCACAUAUACAUAUUUGGUGUUCAGAGAAUGAAAUUCCCUGUAAUGUGGAAGGUACCUAGCAAUAAAAUAAUUGUUUAUUAUCCAGGAUUGAAUAAUUUGUGUAAUUCGAAUAAGGCAUAUUUCUUAAUCAUGAUAGUGUUAUUUGGUGUGGUUAUUAUAUUAUUAUAGAAAUUCUAUAUCGAAGACGUAUACAAAUCAUUUCUUUCCAUUCUAGACAGUAUAAUAUUCAAAAUCAAAAAUUUUUUAAAGUUACUGAAUAUGGACGAACUUGAGAUUAGAUUCAAAAUAUAAAUUAAAAUUCUGGUAUUUCUCUUCUAGGGUGUUACUAAGCUCAAGUCAUUGAUGUUAUUGUCGUGUUAAAGCUGCAAAAAUGUGAACUGAAGCAAACAUUUAUUUGAUACUUUGUAUCCGAGAUAGGUGAAUAAUGAAUAAUACUCAUACUUAAUAUGCAAUAUUUUUUAGAUUUAAAUUAUUUAUUAAUAAUCUUCCUUGCAAACUUCGUUGUAGUUUAGUACACAAAAAAUUAUCAAAGUAAUAUAACGACAAGGUAGAUACUCGGUUAUUUUUUUGGGUUUAAUUUAUAUCUGGAGAUAUUGUCAAACUUUACCUAAAAUUGAGUUCAAUAUAUCAAGAUCUAACUUAAUCAUUCUGUUAAUCAUUGUGGUUACGGUUACAGGAUCUUUUAUAUAAAAAUUAUUUGACGUCUAACUUAGCAGUAUGUAAAGGAACUAAAUUGUGGUAGAUAAAUGUUUCUGACUACAGAUAGAUGAGACAAGUGACUGGUUAACUUUUUUCAAAUUAUGUAUACGUAUCUGAAGGAAUUAUCUUUGUACCGUAAAUUAUCGAUUCUUCAGUCCUUUUUAUGUAAAUAAUGUAUUUUUAUUAGUCGUGCGGGAAAAGCGGCAUCUUUACGCUUGCUGUUACGGUAGAAAAAUAACGAUUUGUCCAUUCUAUCAUUGCGAGUGCUAGAAGUUAGUCAGUAUAAAAUAUAAUGUUUUUUAUUGGGAGUGAUUGUUUAUUAAAAAUAAAAUGUGGUUCUGAAAUGAGAAUACUCAAUUUAGUAUAGUGAAUAGUACCUACACUUUUCUCGAGUAUGACGACGAGAUUAUGUCAAGUUAAAUUUGGAUAUUUAUCUCCAAAUAAUAUUUACAAUUCUAUAUUCUAUAACACCCUUUAAAUGUCCAUUUCUAUAAAUUUUAAUAAUUUGUCUUAUAAUAGAAUUCAUUUUAUCUGUCACAAUAAAGUGAGGAUUAUUACACUAAAAACUCAAUGAGCAGAGAGAGAUAAAAUUUUAAAUGGAAACAUCAUGUAUACCUGUUAUUUUUUUCAAAUUAUUUUGUCUAAGCAAAAAGUUGUAUCAAUUUUAAAAUGAAUUUCUGGAUCCAGUAACGAUAACCUCAGGUAUACGACAUAACGUUAAUGUUAAUUUUUCUUAUAAAAGCACACAUUUAUUGAGAUAAUAGAUUAGAUGUUACUAUUUUGAAUGAAUAAUUUAUUUUUUCAGAAACCCAAUGAAAAAGUUGUAUGUUAUCUCCGAUUGAACCUAGGCCGAUGGCUGUGCUUAAAAUAAACUGUUCUUUGGAAAAAAUUAAAUAUAUAGGUUUCCCAAAACAAAUUCAAGUUGAUUAACGAUAAUAAUUAAUAAUAAUAACUGAAUUGUCUGAUUACCUUUCCAAAAGACGCAAAUUUUAUUAUUUAUUGACAUGCAUAAUUCCACUGCCUUAUUCAUUGAUUCACGAUCAUGCCAUCAAUUUAUUUAUUGUCGAGAAUCAUUUUUAUAAUAAUUUAAUUAUCGAAUAUUCUGUUUUUUUAUAUAUAUACAAGUCAGUCAAAAUUAAAACUAAUAGUACAAGAUUAUUAUUAACUUAUAACGUCAAUUAUAAUAGUACAGAUAAUAUAUUUCUUCUUUCCCUGAAUGGUAUGACCACCAGACAGAUUUAAAUCCAGUGGGAAAUGGAAUUAUUUCAAAUGUUGGGAGAAUCACUUUAUGUUGUUACGUUAUUCGAAGUAAGUCAUCUGAUUCUUCUAAAAUUGUUUUUAACUGGAUUUCCAUACUAAUGCAAUCACACAAACUGGCGUAGUCAUAGGAUAACUUACUGUUAAUAUAGCUGAUAUGUAUAUAUAAAAUAAAACUAAACUUCAAAGAAUCAUAGAUAUUAGUAAAUGUUAAUACGUUGUUAUGAUCUAUCUUGUUUAUUCUAUUAAAGAUUAAAAUCUAAGGUAUUGUUUAUGCACUAGAAAUUUUACUUUCCAUUCAAAUAACUUAGGAUAAUUUUUUAAGUUUACUGAGUAAUUUAAAGAUAUUUUGAUAUGUGAUUAUGUAGGACUCGUUAUUGUUCGAUUUCAUUAAUUGUAUAUUGUAUCAAAUUGAAAUCUUCAUUAAAAAAUUAUUCCUUAUAUA